AUGAAGAAGGCGGCGGUGCUGACCAAAUUACGCAAUGACACCGCGUUGCAGGCUCGAUUUCGCGGUCUUGAUUUUGUUCCUGGAUCUAAGAAACAGACUGAGCCCGGAGCUAUCACGUACGGCAAAGUGGCGAUCCCCGCUCAUGAUUUUAAGCGAAGUCGACGCGUGAGCACCGCGUCGUACACCAGUUCGCCGCAAUUACUCGCUGUGUUGCGACGCAUGUAUACGGGCUGGGAGAAGACAUUCCAGAGGGCUGUUGUUGCGGCCCAAAUGCCGUUCCGAGUGUUGGACUUCCCGGUAUUGCAAGCCGCACACGCGAAUAAGGUGACAGAGAUCCUACUAAUGGAUUGGAGACGCGCUCUUGCUGAGAACGUGAUCGAUAACCUUCAAGGCUACUUCGACUUUUCUCACUGGAUUGGAGCUGCGUUUGGUAGCUCAGCUAUGUGA